UAAGGACACUGGAAGACUGAGGAAAGCCACCGCAAGGCUUCGGCUUCUUGGUAAUAUGAUUAGUGCCUAAACGACGUGUGUGACCAGAACACAAGAAAACUUUCAAGAGACUUUUUCAUUCGCUUGGUGCCAGACUUCAUCUUACCUCUGCCCUCUUACAACGCUCGGCUCGCCAAACAGUGCUUGUGCAUGCACAAGUGAAAUAACGCUGUCAAGACAGAUGUGCUAGACUGUCACCGUUCAGUGUUUUGUUUUGGACUGACGUAAGUGGUUAUAUGCAGAGGUGAUAUAGGUGCACACGAAAUAGUAUCUUUGGAAAGUGAGAGUGACCUUAGAGUGCGUGAUGCCUAGAUGCCACCGUGGCCGGAAGAACCCGCAUUUAGCGGGUCACGACAACCUGAAGAUCAAAAGUCAUGUGACCCGGAACGAAGACGAAACCGCUGCUCGAUACGAAAGUCAGACAGAUUCCGCUUUGGAGAGCAACUCAACCGCAAGGAGCGGAAGCCAGAGCAAGGAGGAGGCCGGUUCAGAGGCCCCAUUGCCCUUGACAACGGGGAAGGGCAAGCGUCACGGAGACUUGCUCUCCCACAGGUUCUCACAAAGUGAAAAAGUCUCAGAGCUUACACUGUCUAACGGCCUGUCUUCAUGCCACGAUUCUGCGGUAUCUAGUUGUGACGGUGUUUCUUCCUGCAGCUCUCCAUCUCUUGGGACGUUCUCAGUGGAGAGUGGCUGCGCCGACCAGGACAGCAACAUAUUAGACCUGUCUGAUUCUUCUUCGUAUGCCAACACCACUCCCUUGAAAUCGUCUGACGGUGUCGCCUUCACGGGACGUCUCAGCCGCAAGAACGCAAGGCGGCGACGCCAGAGAAAGUACAAGAGAUUAAUGUUAAGACAGAAACGAGAAAUGGCAAAUCUCAGUUCCCAAAAUUCUGGCUGUGAGGAUGUGGAGGCUGUAAAUCAAGAAGCUGAAACAGAGGUGGGCGAAGAAGUGAUUCAGUGCAAGGCAACAUCAGCUGUCAGCAGCGUGGAUGAGGAUGAAGUUAUUACUAUCAUCAACGAUAAUCUCCAGGAUUUGAACGGGUUGGAAAACACGCAAGUGGUGGACUGCAUAACUUCUGAAGAUAGUGAAGAUAUUGUGAUAGCAGAAAUACUUGAAUCUGAAGAAAAAGAGUCUGGUAGUCAACGUAACAUCCCGAGUCUGGUAGUGGAAGAUGAACCAGACACACACGAAACUAAUGAGAUCCCUGCCGGCAUGCGGGAAGAAGUGUUGUUGCACCCUUCUGAACAGCUGGAAUUGCUUGACGUUUUGAAGGCGGUAGAUAACGAUGAUCCUGACAUUGCUAUUUUCGAAAUUAAAUCGAAUACAUUGAUAGACUCCGAAGACGACGACGAAAGUGGAGUGCAUACUGAAGGCAGCAGCGAGGGCAAUGGGGAGACGACGGGAGAAGAGUGCCUCGUUAGCGAGGCAGUGACCGAACAGCCGGAUGUAGAUGAAGCGGUGUCUCCUGAUGUUGCGGAAGCUACAGUUGAUGCUGCACUCGCUGAACUCGACAGUAUCCCAGACGAAGUGUGUGAGUCGGGCGACGUAGAGGAAGAAGACGAGGAGGAAGAAGAGUGGUCAUAUUACCGUAUGGAUCUCCAGACACAGCCUCAGGGAGAAGAUGUGCUGGUCCCAGGAUCUUCAGAGGUGAUGGACCAGAACAAAGACAAAGCAGGUGCUCCUUCAGCAGAUAUUAGUCAGGAGCAACCUCAGGAGCUGGAAACUGGAAAUGGGCUAGCAGGAUCAUCCCAGGAGUUGAUGGAAGAAAGUCACACAGAUAAUGUUAAGACAGAUAAUCAACCAUCUCUGCUUAGCAAAUCACCAGACUUGUUCCAGACUGAAGAUGCUGCACGAUUCAACAAAGAGACAAACUUGAUGGAAACUUCCAUCAGUAAUGUUGGAGAAUAUCUAGAUAAUUAUGAGCCUUCUUCCAGCCCCCAUGCACCUGGAAGUCCCCGCUCAGUGGAAGGAUUUGUGACCUCUGUGGAACUAAAUACACCUGAAGAAAUUGGUGGUGCCACUCAUCCUCAGGAUGUGAAUGGUAGUGGAGUAGAGCAGUCAUCAGGGCCUUUCAGUGUGUAUGUUAGCUCCUCACCAGAGCCUGUAAGCCUUGAUCCACACCUUCAAGCAUCAGGAGACUUUGGCAGUGUAUCAGAAAUGACUAAUGGCCAAGUAGAAAAUGAAAUUGAACCAUCAGGAGACUUUUCACCUGUUGAAAUAGUCCAUGCACAGUCCACAGUGGAGGUUGUUGCAUCACCUACUCCAAGUGAAAAGAGAGAGACUGAAGUGCCUGAGGUACCAACAUCUCCAACAGUGCCUGUGAACCAGACUGUUGAUGUCACUUUCAUUCCAGAACCUGCAGUAGAGCCAACUGCAGAAAAACCAGUUCCUGUGUUUAUCGAUGAAGGUACUCCCGUAUCAGAAGGAGAACCAGAAAUCCCAAGUAAUGUUUUGGCAGACACACACACUUCAGAACCUGUCACUGCUGACCUCCUUUCCAAGGAGCCAUCAAGUGAACCCUUCAUAAUGGAGCAAGCUUGCACUGCAGAAUCACCAAUCCCAGAACAGCUGCAAGCAUUAGUGGAGGGAACUGGCAUUUCUCAUGAUGAAGCACCAAUCUCAGAGCCAAUGUCACCAGUCUUUGAUAAAGCUUCACCACUCAUGGAAGAAACACCUGUGGAAGUAGUGCCUCCUUCAUCCAUGGAACCCUCACUUCUUAGUAUUUCUCCUGCCCCAGAACCAUCUCCAGCUCUGGCUUCCCCAGUUGAAAUGACACCUGCCAAACCUUUAUCAGCACCCAUGUCUCCUGUCCAGGAACCAUCACCUGCACCCAUGUCCCCAGUACAGGAGCCUUCACCUGCACCAAUGUCCCCAGUACAGGAGCCUUCACCUGCACCCAUGUCCCCAGUACAGGAGCCUUCACCUGCACCCAUGUCCCCAGUACAGGAGCCUUCACCUGCACCCAUGUCUCCAGUACAGGAGCCUUCACCUGCUCCCAUGUCCCCAGUGCUAGAGCCUUCACUUCUACCCAUAUCCCAAGUGCAGGAGCCUUCACCUGUACCCAUAUCCCCAGUGCAGGAACCUUUGCCUGCCCCCAUGUCCCCAGUACAGGAGCCUUCACCUUCACCAGCAUCCCCAGUUGAGGAACCAGCUCCAGUACCAGCAUCUCCAGUACAGGAGCCUUCACCAAAACCAGUAUCCCCAGUUGAGGAACCAGUUCUGGAACCAGUGCCCCCAGUUGAGGAAGCUGUUCCAACACCAGUGCCCCCAGUUGAGAAACCAGCUUUGGUACCAGUAUCUCCAGUUGAGGAAUCUGCUCCUACACCAGUUUCUACAAUUGAAGAAUCAGCUCUGGUAUCAACAUUCCCAGUUGCUGAGCUAGCACAAGCACCAAUGCCAGCAGUUCUUGACCAUUCACCAGUGCCAGAACAUGCAGUUGAGCAAGAACCUCCUUCAACAUUAUCUCCAGUUGUGUUAGAAACUCAGGCUGGAUCUCCAAGUGUAGUCUCUGACAUUAUGGAAGCUGCUGCACUGGACACAGAAAAAGAUGAAAUUCAAAUAAAUGAAGGUACUGUUGUUAUUCCUGUGGUUGCCCAAGAUAAUGUCAAAGAAACUAAACCUGAAGUUGCCAAAUCUCCAGCAAAGACAGCAAAGACUCCUGGUAAAACUGCUGAUAAAGCUGGAAAGCCAACACCUUCCAGAUCAACACCUGGUAAGGCUACACCAACAAGGACUCCAUCAGCAAGGACUCCGUUGACUAAACCUACUGAAAAGAAACCAACACCUUCAAGUCAAACACAGAAACCUACAGCUACUAGACCAGCUGCUGAAAGGACCACAGCUGCCAGAACAAGAGUCACACCAACUAGUAGUGCAACUUCAAAGCAGCCCCUAACAAAACCAUCCACUAAGCCAGUACCAAGGACCACAACUGCAAAGCCAUCAACAACUGCCACCACUAAGCCUGCUGAGAAGAAGGCUCCUAAACCAGCAACCCCUACAGCUCCAAGAGCUGCAUUAAGUAAGCCAAGUGCAGCAUCAAGUAAACCUGCUCAGCCCAGCACAGCUGGAAGGACCACCACCACAACAACAACAAAGAGGCCCAUCAGUGCUCCUACAAAGAGAGUGGAGAAAACUGACACUAGUAAAGUAAAUGGUACUGCCACUAAGUCCUCACCAAGAACCACAACCUCACGGCCAGCCACAACCUCCACUGUAACACGUAAGCCAGUAUCUGCCACAGCCAAAUCUGUACCAGAGAAGGAAACCAAAAAUACAACUAACCGCAUCCUUUCCACAACAGCCAAGUCUGUCCUGAAGCCUUCACCAGGUACAGCAAGAUCAGUUACAAGCAAGGCAACUGCACUUACAAAGACAACAGGAAAAGUAGAUGGAACUUCAUCUACUACCACUACAGCAUCCAAAGCAAGGAUGACGUCUGUCACCAAGUCCUCUACUACCACUAAAGCAACAGGAGUAGCGGCAAAGAAGACUUUGGUGAGCAAGACAUCGACCAUCAAAUCUAAGACAGCAGCAGCAGCAACCUCUAGUAAGAUUCAGAAGUCAGAAGUGAUAUCAGCUCCUGUGACAAAUGGAGAGAAUAAGAUUGCUCAUGAAGAAACUAGUGUGGAGGUGAUUGAAAAGUGUGCUGCUGAGGAUGUUGUGCAGUGUUCCACAACUGAACAAGUGAUAAGCACAGAAACUGUGGAAGUAAUAGUGAAUGGAGACCACUGAGUCAUUUAAAGCCUGGGACUUUUAUUAUUACUCAUAAUUGCAUUUUCAAUAUUAGGGUCCAAAUAUAUUUGCAAGUAGUGGUCAUCCUAGUCUGGUAUCUCCAUUUUUAAAUAGUCAGGCUAACAUGGGAAGGCAUGGAUGUUUGGAUCCCUGCUUUUGUAUAGGCACGUCCUUGCUAAUAUGGAAGAUAAUCCUGCUUUACUAAUAUGUACAGUGAAUGAUUAUAUGUUGGAAAGAAUGAUUACCCAGUAUUGUAUGUUGCUUUCCAGUUACUUUAUCAUAGCCUCAUUCAUUUUAGGUUCAAGCAAAACUUAUUAUAGGUGCAUUCAUGUUCAUAAUUAGAAUUUAAGAUGAAAUAUAUGCUGUUUCAUGAUUUUCCUCACAAUAGUAUUGCAUAGCAUUAUUCAUGCAGUAAUAAGAUUACAGCUUUAAGUUGAAAAAAUGUUUGUAUUGUACAUAGCUAUGAGAUUGUGUGAGGUGCUAGUUCUGUGUUGCAUUCCGGUAUUUUCAUCGCUUAAAUGUUUUGUACUUGAAAUUUCCACCCAUCCAGGCUUGUAGUCACAAGUCCAGUAAAGGCACCAUGUUUUAUACUUACAUAUUUCAUGUUAGUAGGAAGGUGGAGUGAACAGUGAGCAGGUUGAUGACAGGUGGAGAAUGUGGAUUUUACAAGUGGACAAAAGGCCAUAAAUGGAAAAUGUGAAAUAAAGAAGUGCCUUUUUCCAUAAUUUCAUUCCAAGUUGUUGCUGAAAAAAAAAAAACAAUGAAAUAUCCUUACUGUAGCUGUCUGCCUCAGGCAUUAUUUAUUUUAAUAAAACUUUUUACUUUCUUCAAUACUCUGCAUUGCCCAAAAGGAUUGUAUCUUACUAAUUUGCUUCUUGUCACUACGAUGUUAUUGAUAUCGCACAAGCCUGUGUAAAAUCUUAAUUAUUGUACUCUAAUAAAGGUGAAUAUUAAAAAUACAAAA